AAGUUUUUAGUGAGUGGUCACCCUGGGCGCCAUUUUGAUUACAUAUCGCACAUCGCACAUUUCAACGCUGGGUAUCGUAAUAUGAAUGAUUUUUGAAAUUUCGUAUGUGAUAUUCAUUAUCUUGUGAACUAUUUGUGUUUAUAAUGUUAUUGAUUUAGUAAACGCGUGUCUGAAGUCGAGAUUGUAGCAUAUUCGUAGGUAAUACAGCAACAAUGAGUGUCAUCAUACGGCUGCAGAAUCUGCCGUGGUCGGCCAACGCGCUGGAUAUUAGAAAUUUCUUUCGGGGCCUCUCGAUCCCAGAAGGGGGUGUACACAUCGUAGGAGGCGAGCUUGGAGAUGCGUUCAUUGCGUUCAGUACUGAUGAAGAUGCACGUCAAGCCAUGAUGCUAGAUGGAGGGAAGAUAAAGGAGAUACAAGUUAAGCUGCUGCUUAGCUCUCGUUCCGAAAUGCACAAAGUAAUCGAAGCGGCGCGCCAAAGCGUACCACUCCUCUCGCUUGCCGCUCCGGCACCUGUCGCACCAUCACCCAUUGUAUCCGCUACACCAACCAAUGUAGCCGUUCCGCCAGCGUUAGCGAAUCAGCCAACCCCCGCUGUCCCAAAUAUAAGUCCAUUUUCAGCCGCUCUCGGCAAUAAUGCGCUCUCUAAUUUAGGCAUUCCUGGACUUGGAAAUCCUCAAGAAAUACCUCAACCAGCUGUUAUUGAGCCACCGCCGUCGCUUUUUAGUCCGUCAGUAAAAGAAGAUGUAGAUGAGGAUAAAGAGGAAGAUAAAUCAGAGAAGAAGCGCAGUGAAAAAGAUCGGCGCCGUACUCGUUCCAGGUCCAGAUCACGCGACAGAGACCGAAAGGAAAGAAAAAGAGAUCGCAGAGAUCGGUCUCGAUCGAGAGAACGCCGACGCCGCGAUCGCAGCCGCAGCAGGGACCGCCGCGAUCGCAAACGUGACAGGAAAGACCGUAGCCGUUCCCGGGAUAGAUCGCCGUCACGUCGGUCCCGUGACCGCCGCAAUGAACGCAAAUCCCCGGGAAGCUCGCAAGAAAAGUCCCUUGACAUGGCGCCAGUGGAUAUGAUGGCAUCGGCUCCACCUACCUUUGGUAACACUCUAAAUUCGGUGCCGGGACUCCCAAUGCAAGGAAAUAUUCCUCCCAAAAUACUCAACGGCCCAAUGAUAUCCAACCCAGAAUCGCCUAUAAAUCGUUUCACUGACCCUACCAUAGCAGAUGCUUAUAAUAAGUUGCAGGAACUCGGUAAGAAACGUAAUCCAAAUGCCUUCCAAGGCGAUCAAACAAAUGGUGUUGGUAGACUUCAAGCAGGCCGUGGCGGUUUGGGACGAGGUGGAGUCGCUAGCGGCUUUCGCAGGGAAAACCGUCCAUCGCGCUUUGAAAACAUAGAUCAGCAACGCGAUUGCUGCGUUGCUAUCAGGAAUGCACCAAACCAUACGAGUUACGGCGAUGUUCGUCGUUUCUUCCCAUUCCUAAUUGACAAACAUGGUAUCAAAAUGAUUAAUGACAAUAUGGGUCGACGCACAGGAAAUAUCUAUGUUCGCUUUUGCGAAAUACGUUCUAAACAUCUCGCUUUACAACGCAAAAAUAAUGAAUUGAAAGGUGCUCAAGUAGUCGUCGAACCUCUAGAUGACGAAAGUUAUGAAUCUGCCGUCGACUCUUACCUACCCUAUCGUGAAGAAAAUGAUGAGGAAGAGGGCGGUUUAAGUAUCAAUGAUUCAGAGGAUCAAUCUUUAUCUAAUUACAACGUUCUCAAAUUAACAGAUUUACCGAAUUUUGUCAAAGAACACGAUAUCAUAAAAACAUUUAGCGAUUUUUCUUUGUUGUCGAUUUUGCUUAACGAUUGCAGAUUUUCACGCACUAAAAUUGCAUACGUACAAUUUGCAAAGCCAGAUGAUGCGAGGCAAGCCCUCGAAAGGCAGGAAACUUACAUAUUUGGUCGACGCAAGCCAGUCAUAAUGCCGAUAUCGGAUGAGGAGUAUGAAAAGGAAAAAAAACAAAAUGACAAAACUAUAGAAUCCGGAGCCAUUUCACCUAUGGAAAAACAGCAAGAUGUUGCCGUGCCGCGUGAUCCUCGACAACGUCGACAGAAAUUCGAUGCUCCGCAGCAAGUGCAAGUCCCACCGACUAUGCAAGCUCCGCCGCAAGGAAGCUUCUUUGGGCCACCAUACGUACCCCAAACAUUCCCGACACCGAAUUUUGCUGCGUCUCAGUUUGGUGGGUUCUCAGCAGGAGGAGCUAUGGAUCCACGAACUGGGCCACCCACUUGGGGUACUAGACCCCCAUUCCCUACUCAGAUGGAAUCAACGCCAGUACCGGUAUCUGGUCAGCAUGUUAUAACUACGGAAAUGGAAGACGAACCACUAGACUGCGUAUUAAUGAAGGGUCUCCCUCGUGAUGCCACUGACCGGACUAUAGUUACAUUCCUCUCGGAUACUGGUGCGGUGCCAGCGAGAAUCCACCUCAUGCUAGACACAAAUGGGUUACCGUCCGGAGAUUGUUUCUGUGAAUUUCGUUCUAUACAAGAGGCCAGAUUGGCCGCUACUAAACAUGGAAGUAACUUGGAAGGUUGCCGCAUAUCCGUGGAUCUUGUUCAGCGAAGCGUUGUCGAGGAGGCUUUAGAAGGUCCCAAACAACCGGAAAGUUUACUUGGAAAUGGACCCCCAACAUUUUUCGACCAGAUGCGUGGUGGGUAUGCACCUCGCCUGCCGUACAGAGGACGUGGUGGAUUUGACAGAGGCGGCUUUGAUAGAGGCGGAUUUAACCGUGGUGGUUUUGAUCAAUCUCGUGGUGGGUUCGACCAAUCGCGCGGCGGGUUCAGAGGUCGUGGUGGAUUUGAUCGAGGCCGUGGCGGUUUUGAACCCCGUGGGCGGGGACGCGGUUUUGGGCGUGGCCGUGGAGGAAAUAGUAACUUUAAUCCCAAUAAGGAGAAUGGACGGGAAGAAGAUCACGACCCAGCGUUAGAGGACUUUGGACAGCCGGGUUGUGUGGUCUCAAUGGAGAAUGUACCCUUCCGGGCAUCGAUUGAUGAAAUAUUACAGUUCUUUUCAGAUUUUGAACUCACGCACGAUGACGUCAUUAGGAGAUACAACGAACGGGGGCAGCCAACCGGUGAUGCGAGAGUCGCUUUUCGAACUCCGUUCGACGCCCAGCGCGCUGUCAAAACUUGCCACAUGGACACCAUUCAUGAUAGAAGAAUCAACCUCACUAUUCUCUAGCAUACGCCUUCCUUGUCCGGAGACGAGGACUCUGAUGACACUGAAGAUGUAGCAGAUUACAUUUGAAAUCGAAUGCAAAGGCUAAACUGUUUAUAUUUUGUAAAUACUAGUUUUAAUUGUGUUGAAUAAGAUGACUAUUUCGAUAGUUCCUGCCGUUGAAACGGUAGGUAAAUUGUGAGUGAAUAAUAAAGCGUCUAAACUAUACCGCUACUGUAUACAUGAGUGUAUCGAAUAUUGUAAUGAAUAUAUUAUUAAAGUUGAUUAGUCAUAAACAAUAAAAAAAUUCAUAAUUAAA